AUGUCCUCCAUCACCACCCCUCGCGUCCCUCCGGUGGCCCUGGAUACCAUCACGCAACACAUCGGAAACACCCCGCUGGUGCGUCUCAACCGCCUUCCGCAGAGUCUGGGAAUCGAAGCGACCGUUUAUGCGAAGCUGGAAUACUUCAAUGCGGGAGGAAGCGUCAAGGAUCGCAUUGCCCUGCGCAUGAUCGAAGAGGCGGAGAAAUCCGGGCGCAUCAAGCCGGGCGACACGCUGAUCGAGCCUACCAGUGGUAACACCGGUAUCGGUCUGGCGUUGGUCGCCGCCGUCAAAGGCUACAAAACGAUCAUCACCCUCCCGGAGAAGAUGUCCGCUGAGAAAGUCGCGGUCCUGCGCGCAUUGAACGCGACCAUCAUCCGUACGCCCAACGAGGCUGCCUACGAUUCCCCCGAGUCUCACAUCGGUGUCGCCAAGCGGCUCGAAAAGGAGCUGCCCAACGCACACAUCCUCGACCAGUACGGAAACGAAAACAACCCAUUGGCCCAUGAGUUCGGCACCGCCGAGGAGAUCUGGACGCAGACCGACGGCAAGAUCAAGGCGAUCGUCGCCGGUGCGGGCACGGGUGGAACCAUCACAGGCUUGGCUCGCGGCCUCAAGAAGCAUAACCCCGACGUCAAGGUCAUCGCGGCGGAUCCGUUUGGCUCGAUCCUCGCGCUCCCCGCGGCGCUGAACGAAGAGCAUGCGAACGAGCCGUACAAGGUGGAGGGUAUUGGUUAUGAUUUCAUUCCUCAAGUCCUGGAUCAGAGCGCGGUCGACAAGUGGUACAAGACCGGCGACAAGGAGUCGUUCCAGUACGCGCGACGCCUGAUCGCGGAGGAGGGUCUGCUCGUCGGUGGCAGCAGUGGAAGCGCAAUCUCCGCGCUGGUGCAGGCCGCGAAAGACAACAGCUUCAGCAAGGAUGAUGUAGUCGUCGUAGUUCUGCCUGACAGCAUCCGAAGCUAUUUGACCAAGUUCGCCGAUGACGACUGGCUCGCGGCCAACGGUCUCCUCGCUACUCCGCCCUCCGAGCCGACGACGUCGACCCCGUCGCAGCCCGAGCAGAGAGACGCCUUCGCCGGUUCGAAGGUCAACUCUCUCCGCCUGAAGCCGAUCACCACCGUCCGCUCCGACAUCCCGUGCGAGAACGCCAUUGAGAUCAUGCGCGACCGCGGAUUCGACCAGCUGCCCGUGCUGGCUCCCUCGGGCAAGCGACUCGUCGGCCUCGUCACCCUCGGAAACAUCCUGAGCCGACUGACCCACGGCCGCGCGACCGGAAAGAGCCCCGUCUCGGACGUCAUGUUCAACUUCAGCAAGAUCUCCGAGGUGGUCACCGAUCCCCGCGACAUGGGGCUGGCCACCACGUCCAAGCAGAACGGCACCGACGCCGUGCGCCCCCAAAUCAAGGACCGCAAGUUCGUCGAGAUCACCAUGGACACGCCCCUCAGCGUCCUGAACCGGUUCUUCGAGUGGAACAGCGCUGCGGUGGUGACCGAGCGGGAUGAGCAGGGCGCGUUGAAGCCUCUGGCUGUGGCCACCAAGGUCGAUCUGCUCACGUGGAUGCUGCACAACAAGCAGAAUGGAGCGUAA